AUGCUGGCAAUCUAUUCAGCUUCAUCUACGAUCCAGCUGGGGAGGGUUAAGGCCGUUGCCAAGGCGAACGGGACUUUGGAAGGCCUCCGCAGCAUCUCAGGCUCGACCUGGGGGACCUCCCUGCUGAGCAUACGCCGCAUCUGCCUGGCAGUGGUAGUCCCCCAGCUACUCUACGGGGCGGCUGCCUGGUAUAGCCCUACGAGCCGGACGGUCAGCUACAAGAAGCUCCAGAAGACGGUCAAUGAAUUCCAGAGGAUUCAAACCCGCGCAGCUGUUCUUAUCAGUGGCGCGUUUCGUUACACGGCCUCAGCCGUACUGGGAGUAGAGCUUUACCUCCCCCUUAUGCGAAUACAGAUGCAUCAAACCAUUCAAGAGGCGGCCGUUCGGAUCCAAACCGGGCCAGCUAUAGCCUGCCCCCGAGGGCUGCGCUGGGAAAGGUCGAAAGAGGCACUUCCUCUACAAGAUCAAACAGGUCGACUUCGACCGGUGUGCUUGUGA